AUGGCAACGAAGGCAACAGAUAUCGGUCGCCCGUGGAAAACAGAAUCUGCGCUACUGUCAGUUCGCGUGGAGGCUUUCACUCCCGAAAGUUGGUUGGCGCUCUCGAUGGACCGUCGAUGCAGCCUCAGGGUACGGGGCACGUAUCUGUCGAUUGGGAAAUACCUAAUCGCCAUCGCCUUCUUGGCAUGUUGGACCGUGAUCACCGCGAGUAAAGUACCGGAUAUCUUUAAGAUUGAAAACGACCAAUGUCCGCCAGUAGACACUUGCCCGCCAAAAUUAAUAUCUCACGAAACGGAUUGUGCUAAGUAUUACGAAUGCAAAUACGGACAGAGGCAAUUGCGCUCGUGUGCGGCUAAUCUGUUCUUCAGUAAAAAAUGGAGUGGUUGUGUCGAUCGGGCGAUUUCGGAUUGUCCACGCCAGGAGGAACAAUGUCCACCUGUAGACACUUGCCCGCCAAAAUUAAUAUCUCACGCGGAUUGUGAUAAGUAUUACGAAUGCAAAUACGGACAGAAGCAAUUGCGCUUCUGUGCGGCUGGUCUGUACUUCAGUAAAGGAUGGCGUGGUUGCGUCAGUCGGGAGAUUUCGGAUUGUCCUGUAUCGAACGUGUUUAAUGGAGUACGUACGACAUAA